AUGAUGAACCCAAAGAGCCGUGUCCAAGAGUGGGAGGCCGAGCACAUCGACCUCAUCCCGGGGAUGCCCGACGACAUCGCCGUCGACUGCCUGGCGCGCGUCCCGCACGGAUCCUACCGUUCGAUGCGCCGCGUGUGCCGCGGCUGGAGGAGCGCCGCCGCCGCCCCGGACUUCGCCCUGGCGCGCGCCGAGGCCGGAGCCAACGAGGAUCUGGUCUUUCUCAUGCAGUUUGGCAACCCGGUUGCCGGGGACGGUGGGGCGCCCGAGAACACCCCGGCGUACGGCGUGGCCGUGUACAACGUCACCACCGGGGAGUGGCACCGCGAGAGCUCGGCGCCGCCGGUGCCGAUGUUCGCCCAGUGCGCGGCCGUGGGCACCCGCGUCGCGGUGAUGGGCGGCUGGGACCCCAACACCUUCGAGCCCGUGGCGGACGUCAACGUCCUGGACGCCACCACCGGCGUCUGGCGCCGCGGCGCGCCGAUGCGGUCCGCGCGCUCCUUCUUCGCGUGCGCCGAGGCGGGGGGCAAGAUCUAUGUCGCCGGCGGGCACGACAAGCUCAAGAACGCGCUGAAGACGGCCGAGGCGUACGACGCGGAGGCCGACGGCUGGGACCCGCUCCCGGACAUGUCGGAGGAGCGCGACGAGUGCGACGGCAUGGCCACCGUCGCCGGCGACCGGUUCCUUGCCGUGAGCGGGUACCGCACGGGGCGCCAGGGAGGGUUCGAGCGGGACGCCGAGUGGUUCGACCCGGCGACCCGCGAGUGGCGCCGCCUGGAGCGCGUGCGCGCCCCGCCGUCGGCGGCUCACGUGGUGGUGCGCGGCCGCGUGUGGUGCAUCGAGGGCACGGCCGUGAUGGAGUGGCGCGGGGAGCGCCGGGGCUGGCUCGAGGUGGGCCCUUACCCGCCAGGUCUCAAGGCCGGCACGGCGCGCGCGGUCGCCGUCGGCGGCGGCGAGCGCGUCGUGGUGACCGGCGCCAUCGAGUCCGAGGGAGGCGGCGGCGGGCACGCGCUGUGGGUGUUCGACGUGAAGUCCAAGAACUGGACCGUGGUGCGCCCUCCGCCGCAGUUCGCCGGCUUCGUCUUCUCCCUGGCAUCCGUCCGCGUGUGA